CAUGGGUGAGUGGAACACUUAUAAAUUACACUAGCCUGCUCACACCAGUUAGAACUUCCAAGAUCUUGGAGCUUGGGCCUCAGAUUCCCAGAGACAGAUCCAGAAGAGAGAAAGAGGCAUUGUCCGUGCCUCGGAGCACUGUCGUACAGAUUCUUGAGGAGACAAAAGAAGAGAUGGGAACCAGAGACAAAAGUGCUGACAAACGGAAAACUAAGAUGAACCAUGCACUGUCCCAAUUAAUGGAUUCUGACAUGGAUUAUGAAAGGCCAAACGUAGAAACCAUCAAGUGUGUUGUGGUUGGGGACAACGCAGUGGGCAAGACUCGGCUUAUUUGUGCCCGCGCAUGUAAUGCCACACUGACUCAGUAUCAGCUCCUCGCUACCCAUGUGCCCACCGUCUGGGCUAUUGAUCAGUACCGUGUUUGCCAGGAGGUACUGGAACGCUCCCGGGAUGUUGUAGAUGAUGUUAGCGUUUCCUUACGGCUUUGGGAUACCUUUGGGGACCAUCACAAAGACAGGCGUUUCGCUUAUGGAAGAUCCGAUGUCGUAGUAUUAUGUUUUUCCAUUGCUAAUCCCAACUCCCUCCACCAUGUGAAGACCAUGUGGUAUCCCGAGAUUAAGCAUUUCUGUCCCAGAGCACCGGUCAUCUUGGUGGGCUGCCAGCUUGACCUUCGCUAUGCUGACCUAGAAGCAGUGAAUAGAGCCAGGCGACCUUUAGCCAGGCCAAUCAAACCAAAUGAAAUUCUGCCUCCAGAGAAAGGACGAGAGGUGGCCAAAGAGCUGGGCAUCCCUUAUUACGAGACCAGUGUAGUAGCCCAAUUUGGCAUCAAGGAUGUCUUCGACAAUGCCAUCCGAGCUGCCCUCAUCUCCCGCCGGCAUCUCCAGUUCUGGAAGUCCCACCUCCGUAAUGUUCAGAGACCUUUGCUGCAGGCCCCUUUUUUGCCUCCCAAGCCUCCGCCCCCCAUCAUUGUUGUGUCCAACCCUCCUUCCAACAAUGAAGAGCGUCCAGCCCACUUGCUGGAGGACCCUUUGUGCGCAGACGUUAUCCUGGUACUGCAAGAGAGAAUCAAAAUCUACGCGCACAAGAUCUACCUCUCUACCGCCUCCUCUAAGUUCUACGACUUGUUCCUGAUGGAUCUGAACGAGGAGCACCAAGAGGAGAUGGCGGGAGGCGGCAUCAGGAUGGGUGCUGCGGAGCGAGCGGCUCCUCAGGAACGCCACCAUCACGGGCGGGAAUUCCUCCUGAGGGCUGCUAGCUUUGACAUCUGUGAGAGUACAGAAGAAGCUGGUUCCGGCCAGCAAAAACCGUGCCUUAGAGCCUCCACCAGCGAUGGGAUUUUGCGGGGCAAGAACUACGGGGAACGAGGGCUAAAGAGAGGGAGGAUCCUCUCCUCUUGGAGCCGUGCCUUUGUCAGCAUCCAGGAGGAGAUGGCAGAUGACCCCAUGACCUACAAGCCUCGGCUAAUGGUGGUAGUGAAGAUGGAUCCCUCCAUCCAGCUGGGACCAUUCAGGGCCGUGCUAAAAUACCUUUACACCGGGGAGUUGGAUGAGAACGAGAGAGAUCUCAUGCAUAUUGCUCACAUUGCUGAACUGCUUGAAGUCUUCGACCUCAGGAUGAUGGUGGCUAACAUCCUCAAUAACGAGGCAUUCAUGAACCAGGAGAUCACCAAAGCCUUCCAUGUCAGGAGAACCAAUCGGGUGAAAGAGUGUCUGGCCAAGGGGACUUUCUCUGAUGUCACUUUUAUACUGGAUGACGGUGCUAUCAGUGCUCACAAACCCUUGCUGAUCUCCAGUUGCGACUGGAUGGCUGCCAUGUUUGGGGGUCCUUUCGUUGAGAGCUCAACUCAGGAGGUAGUGCUACCAUACACCAGUAAGAGUUGCAUGCGAGCAGUGCUUGAGUACCUAUAUACUGGCCAGUUUUAUUCUUCUUCAGACCUUGAUUACAUGAAACUCAUCAUCUUGGCCAACCGCUUGUGUCUGCCACACCUGGUUGCACUCACAGAACAGUUCACUGUGUCUGGUUUGAUGGAAGCAACACAGAUGUUAGUGGAUAUAGACGGUGAUGUCCUUGUGUUCCUGGAGCUGGCUCAGUUCCAUGGUGCCUACCAGUUAGCCGAUUGGUGCCUCCACCAUAUCUGCACCAACUACAACAAUAUCUGUCGCAAGUUUCCUCGGGAAAUGAAAGCAAUGUCAGCAGAAAAUCAGGACUACUUUGAGAAGCAUCGUUGGCCCCCCGUUUGGUACCUGAAGGAAGAGGAUCAUUUCCAGAGAGCCAGGAAAGAGCGCGAGAAGGAAGACUACCUCCAUCAGAAACGGCAGCCAAAGAGACGGUGGCUCUUCUGGAAUGCCUCUUCCCCUUCCUCAUCUGCCGCCACAGCUUCAUCUUCCUCUUCUUCCUCCUCCUCUUCCUCUGCUGUAGUUUGAAGGUUGCACUGCCUACGCUUCGAUGGCUUUUAGAAGGUGUGAGCCUACUGGUGCCCGGCGUUCCAAAGCCGUGGUGAGAUACCACUGGCUGAGGCCCUCAGAGGAGAAAAAUCAGCAUGAAUCCCCCUGAGAGGCUGAUGAGAAAAACCUGAAGGAGAGCAGCUCGGGAGCCAGAAUACCCAACAACUCAUCCAGAGCUCCAGGUGGUCUCCAUCCCUGCCUCGGCUAGUCUAGAAGCACAGCAGACGGAGAGACCACCACCGAUGGAAUGGAAAGCAGUCCUGUUUCUUUCCAAGAGGCUCACUCAUCUAGAGAGACUGACCUUGUUUUGCAGAAAUGCUGGAGGAGGGUGUUUUUGUUUGUUUGUUUGUUUAAUGGGAGAAAACAAUUACUCCAAGAAAGGAGGAGCCAUUCUGUAUUAUUUUUUCCUUCUUUUCCCCUUUGUGAAAGAAAGUUGUUUUUUUUUUAAAAAAAAGUAUGAACGUACGUCACAUCGACCAUUCUCUGCACCUUAACAUUUCAAGCUAUUGCAGGUGCUGUGUGUCCCAGGACUUUGUUUUUCCUUUUCUGGGUUCCUUCCCGAUGGGAAGAGGGCCACUUUAUUUUGGUUGCACUUAACUUCUACCCAGGCACUUAUCUCUAGAUGUUUUGCUUUGAGCAAGGCAUGUAUCCUGCCAGCAAAUGGCUGUGGUCUCUCUGUUCCUGAAAGGUGCACACCCCUAUGAAGGAGACGCUGGCCUAGAGAAGCACAGAUCCUCCACUGGGGUUCAAGGGCAAGAGGGGGGGAAAAAUGACCGUAGGAUAGAAAAACCAGCUUGGCGAGGCUGGAAAGCUGUUCCCACCCACUUUUUUUCCUUAAUUUUGUCAGUAGUUUGCAACACAAUCUACAAGACUGACCAGAUUAGGAGAAAAAUGGGAAGACGAGAACAAUGCCGCCUGAUUUUGGCCAUAAUGCUUGAGGAUGUGUUGUGGAUGAAAGAGUAUAACCCCUCCCCCCACACCCCCAGCAGUUAAUGUGCUGUUUUAAUAAAAAAGAAACACCAACCAAUACACAUCUUGGAUUUUAGUGUGGAAGAUUCUGUUGUAAUAAAUGGUAUUUUAAAGAAA